UUGGAAGCAAGAUGACCAAUGUACUUGGGCUCGUCCUCUUGGGGUUCGAUAAGGUGGCUGUAGCUUUGGCUUCUCUCUCCAGCGGUACCAGCAAAGAGAAGAAGAAAGUCCUAAAAGAUGGUUCAAUGGUUAUUCUAAAAGCUGCUGCUACUGCAGGUCAAUCUAGAAGCGGCUGUAUGGAUGAUUGUGCCAGUGGUGGUUCCGGAGGUGGUGGCAGUUGUGGUUGUGGUGGCGGUGGUGGUGGCGGUGGCGGUUGUGGUGGCGGUGGUGGUUGUGGUGGUGGUGGUUGA